GAAUUUUUAAAACUGCGGGAGAUUUUUUUAGCCUCGCGUUGAAAUUGAAAGGAAAUAUCAAAAAGUGCUUAAUCUGCUUAUCAAAAAAAAAAAGUGCUUCCUUCAAAAAAAAAAAAAAAAGUGCUUAAUCUUUGUUUCCUCAAUAUCGCACCACAUUUCCCCCCUCUCAAAAUUAGAAAAACCGAACCCUAGAAAACGUAGAUAUACCGGCAGUGGUUCCAGACUUCCAGUCCACCUCUCGUACUCACAGAUUUUCACUCCAAUUUUCAACUCAAUCGCUGAUUCACAGGUACUUACAGACUUUACUGAAUAAUGUCUAAACCAGUGGAUAAAGUAAUAAUGAUUCCACCCGAGAAGAGAGCAAGGCAUGAUAAUGAUGAUAGUCAAGACAGACUUAGUGACUUACCUGAUUGUAUUCUACUUCACAUUUUGUCAUUUUUGAAUUCCAAACACGCCGUUCAAACUUGCCUUUUGUCAACAAGAUGGAACCAUCUUUGGAAACGCAUUCACACUCUGAUAUUGCAUUCCAGAGAUUUCCCUACUGUCAAGAAAUUUGCCAUGUUUGUGUCUAAUAUUUUGACUCUUCGUAAUACCUCAACUGCACUGCACACUCUUGAUCUUUACCGUCAUGGUGAUAUUGAGCCUCAACUCCUUAAAAAUAUUUUAAACUAUGUUUCCUCCCAUAAUACGCACCUCCAGGAAUUAGGAAUCUCUCUAAAUGGUGAGACCCGUCUCAUUAUGAGUUGUGUUUCUUCAUGUCGGGCUCUUACAUCUCUUAAGCUUUCACUUUACCCUAGAGGUAGUGAUAGUUAUACAGAAAUAUUAUUUCCAAAAUCUUUGAAUUUGCCUUUAUUGACCAGUUUAGAUCUAACAAAUUUCACCUUUUGCGGCGGUGAAAACGGUUGUGCUGAGCCCUUUUCCGCAUUUACCAAGUUGAAUAGUCUAGUCAUUUGUAGUUGUAAUGUAAAGAAUACUCAAAUCCUCAGCAUAUCAAGUGAGACACUUCUCAAGUUGAAUGGUCUAGAUAUUUGUAACUGUGCCAAAGUGGAGCUAUCGACUCCAAGUCUUUGUACGUUUAAUUUUCCCAGAAGACUUGAUCUUGAUCUGAAAAUAUGUGGGAGCGGUCUUUCUUCCGUUAAACAAGUAAAUAUCGAUGCACCAGAUUAUGUAGCUUCCGCGAAGCAUGGUUUGGUUCUAUUAAGCUGGCUGCAAGACCUUGCCAAUGUAGAAUCAUUAACAGUCACUUCAAUUACUCUUCAGAUUCUCUCCUUAGUUCCAGAUUUGUUCAAGGUUAAGUUAUCUUCUUUGUGUAACUUGAAGUCAUUGGAAGUAGAACUGAUAUCAUUUGAUUAUGGAGCAUUAGCCCGUAUAAUGGAAAGGGUCAUGUUACAGAAAGCGGCCGCCAAAUCACGUAAAGAAGCUGCAAAGUUAAGAAAGGCGUUUAAAGCAGGUUUGAAACCACCUCCCAUACCUGAUGGAAUAAUUGACUUCUUGCGACAAAACUCGCCGUCAACAGAAGUUAACAUUAUAACCAAGGACACGAGUCGUUUUGAUAUAAAGCAGGUUGAAGAAUCUAUAAAGGGUGGGAAAAAUACCAGCUAUCGUUCGCAAUUUGUCACGCCUGCCUCCUCCUCUGCUGUACCUGCUCCUGCUGCUGAGUCUUCUUCUGCCGCUGCUCCUGCUUCUGCUGCACCUCCCAAUCUUAAUCUUUGUUGCGCUGAAAAGACGACAACUAAUGUUGACAACAGUGACUCAACGCUUUGGCCUGACUUCGUAACCAAAGCUUUCAUUGACAUUAUGGUUGAUGAAGUUACAAAAGGAUAUAUGCCAACUGGCGUGUUUCAUACUGGAACAUGGACCUCGAUGACUACAAGGUUGAAUUCCAUAACUAAUUGCUCAUAUGAAAAGGAACAACUAAAGGCAAAAUUGCAUAGGCUACGAGCCAUGUUCCUUGAGUUCUAUUCACUUUUGCAAAACACUGGAUUUACGUGGAAUGCCGAAACCAACACUGUUAUUGCAAGUGAAGAGGUCUGGCAAAAUCAUCUUAAGACACACGAUAAAGCGUCUCAGUUUCAAAAGAAAGGGUGCGACCAUUAUAAGUUGUUGGAAAUCAUAUUCAACAAAAAUAAUGAAACUGAAGUACUUCACCAUUCAUCUGUCCAAGACCAACCAAAUACUGAUAUAGAACAUGAACUCAAUAAUCAAUACUUGAACAUUGAAAGUGUGAAUAAUGCACAUGUUGAUAAUGAUAGUUCAGACAAUGAUAAUGAUAGUUCAGACAAUGAUAUACAAGUGGUGCAGAUCAUUCGUAGUGGGAAGCAAAAAAUUCAAGUAAAAGAUCAUUCAUCCAUGAAAGAGUCUACAUCACAUGAGGUGGGAGAUGCACUUGUAGCACGGGCUAAGAUUGUGGAGGCUAGUUCUUCACAUUUAACAGUAGAUUGUUCUCUUACUAAGUGUGUGGUUGCUCUUGAAGAGAUAAGAGAUAUUUCAGAUGACAUCUUUGGGAAAGCCCUGGAAAAGUUUAAGGAUCCUGAUUGGAGGGAAAUGUUUAUCGCCAUGUCUAAUGAUAGGAGACGCGGAUGGUUACUUAGACUUUAAUUAUAAAACUGUUACUUUGUAUAUGUGGUUAUAGUGAUGAGACACAUGAUAUUUUGUUUAUUGUAUUUAUGGUUAUAUUUUCCUUUAAGCUAAUUGGUGAACAAUUGUAUGCCUGUUUGUAUGUGUUGUUUUUAUAAUGACUAUAAUCCGACCCGAAUGUCAUAUAUAGCAUUCGACAUAA